ACCUCCGCAACUAUUGUCUACACAUCCCGAUAUCAGACUCCUACGUGAGCACGCUGGUCCAUGCAACCUGUCCCUUUCAUGCGAGCUACAUGUAGACUCGGUCGACCUCUUUUACUGGGGAGAACUGCUCGUCCAGUUCAAAGGACUUUUUUGCGCACAUAUCUUCCCACCUGCGUUCGUGCUCUGGUGACUGAGUCCAGCGACUCUACGAAUGCAUCCUUCGUUGACACCGUACCUGAGAACUUAGCGACGACAUCUUCAAAUGCUGCGGCGUCGCACUCCACACCGCCGAACAAUGCCAUCCUUACCUCGAGGAGGCUUCCAGUCUCAUGCCCGGGCUGCGGUGCCUUGACACAAGACAUCGAACCUGGAGAGGCGGGCUACUACUCGCGCUCGAGGAAAGCUGUGAAGACAUAUUUGCGAGAUUCUCCGCGCAUAGGGCUGUCUAGUGAUGGAGACAAUGGCACAGAAACAGUUGGAGCGAUUGAGACGAGUGGUCAGGAUGUGAUUCGAGAGCGAGAUGCAGAAGAGACACCAGAAAUACAAAAUCCUAUACCGCUUCCAAUAUGCGACCGAUGCCAUACAUUGAUCCACGAAUCUCGUGGGCAGCCCAUUGCACACCCUUCAAUUGAGAGCAUCGCAGACUCGAUUGCUGAAUCCCCUUUUUCCAAAAACCAUGUCUACCAUGUCAUGGAUGUGGCAGAUUUUCCAAUGUCUUGCAUACCUUCAAUCUACAAGGAGCUAUCCCUGGCCAAACCUAGAAGCCAGAACCGUCGAUCACAACAUUCGUUCUCUUCCAAGCCUUCGUUGUCGUUUAUCAUCACCCGAUCAGAUCUAUUGGGACCUUCAAAAGACAUGGUAGACCGAAUGAUGCCCAGGUUCAUUGCCAUCCUCCGAACUGCUUUGGGCCGUGCAGGUCAAAACUUGAGGCUUGGGAAUGUCCACCUCGUCUCUGCAAAACGAGGAUGGUGGACCAAGGACAUCAAGGAGAGCAUCUGGCAAAGAGGAGGUGGGAACUGGCUUGUUGGAAAGUUCAAUGUUGGGAAAUCCAAUCUCUUUGAAGUUUUAUUUCCGAAAGGCUCGUCUAGUCAGGCUUCCGUCCAUGAAGAAUUGCGUCGACAGCAAGAUGCAAAGGCAAACGAAUUCUUAUCAGUUGAUAGCCUUUUGCCUCCGCCUCAACCAGAAGUGCCAUUCCCGGCCAUGCCUAUUGUAUCGAGUCUGCCUGGAACGACAGCAUCGCCUAUUCGACUUCCUUUCGGCAACAACAAAGGAGAACUCAUUGACAUGCCUGGUUUAGAACGCAGCGCCCUUGAUAAGUAUGUGAAAGCAGAAGACAAGUUGGAUUUGGUCAUGACUCAUCGACCGACAGUCACCCAACACAACAUCAAACCUGGCCAAUCUCUCCUGCUCGGAGGUGGCUUGGUCCGCAUAACACCCCUUCUGGACGAAAAUGACCCCAGUAUGAUCAUGAUGGCUUACGCAUUCGUUCCACUGAAAUCGCAUGUCACGGCCACCGAAAAGGCGCUCGGUGCACAGCAACAGGAACGUGAGAGUGGAAUCGAGUCUAUCCUGGCAGAGGACGCUGGAACUCACAUGGCGUCGGCCGGCAGAUUCAAGCUCAAGACGAAUGUAACGAAAUCAAGAGCCGGUGCCGUUAUCAGAGCAGGUGUAGACCCAGGGAAAUUGCCCUUCCAGGUGUACGCCACAGAUAUCCUCAUCGAAGGCGUUGGGUGGGUUGAGCUAGUCUGUCAGGUUAGAAAAAAGCAACGGGCUCUUUCUCCUACACCUCCACUAGAGAAAGAAGUCACCGAAGAGGCCGUGGGUGAAAAAGAUGUCCCUACUUCUGAGGAUUUGUCUAUCGGAUCCACCGGAUUUGUCCCUUUCAGUGCUUCGAUCUCAGACGGUAAUGCAUCAGGCAGCCCCGGAUAUCCUCAAGUUGAGGUUUUCACCCCCGAAGGCAAAUUUGUUGGACAAAGGGAGUGUCUGGAUGUCUGGCAAAUGUGGAACAUGGGGAAACCUCGCAAGGAGGUACGCGCCGCUCGCCCUCGGAAACCUAUGAGUGGUGCGAGGAAGAGAGCAAAGAUGGCUCAACGAUGACUGGGCCAACUGCAAUGACAUUCAACAUAGCAGAGCGACACGAGAGACAUCACCCUAGUAAAGGCUGGUAGCGUCUGAGCAUCGUGAUCUUGCUACUCGUAUACUACGAGUAUCUUCUACUUGAAUGGUCAGAGUCCUUUUUCGUCUCAGUCGCUGCAGCCGUCCCGCCGACUUUUUCUUCGGCGUCAAACAAAUGACCGUCCCUAUCACUUCCAUCACCUUGUCGUUACGAGAAAGUAACUUGUUCAUCCGGUCAAGACGACGAUUUUGCCACGAGCAGUAUUCUUCUCUUGUGUCUCGUGAGCCAGGACAAUCUGAUCCAGCUUGAAAACCUUUCCAAUCUGAACCGGCAUGGUGCCGGCAUCAAUCUGCUUCAGCAAAUCAUUCAACGGGGUAUCCAUGAAUUCGUCUGGACCACCACUAUAUGCGGUGAGAUAUUUGGCCGAUCCUAUUGCGGUCAUGGGAGCGAAGUUAUCCAUGGUCCAUUUGUUGCCUGUGGCACGAGAAAGAGUCAGCGUUAGAUGCAGUUGCGGAGGACUACCAAAUGUCAACCUUACCAACGAUUCCCGUCACACACACAAUUCCGCCUUCCUUGAUACACUUCAAAGAAUCCUCGAGGGUCACGGUUCCAAUAAGCUCCAGAACCUUGUCGAAGUUGUCACCAACCUGGGCCGCGACAUUGCCAUCAUCGACGAUGACUUGAUCCACGCCGCUCUUCCUCAUGACGUCUGCGCUCGCUUGACCCGAACUGCGAGUGGUUCCGGCGACGAAACAGCCAUGUUUCUUUGCGAUCGAUGCCGCCGCGAGACCAACGGAUGUUGUUCCGCCACGUAUCAAGACGCGAUCGGUAGACUCGAGCUUCAGCGAUUUGAACAGCGAGCCGUAUGCGGUCUGCAACAUCUCGGGCACGGCUCCAAUGGUGGACCAAUCCAGGUUCGUGUCUAGGGCUUGUGUGUUUUUGGUUUUGACACAGGUGUACUCGGCAUAUCCACCGUCGAAAUCACGGCCCAUGCCACCCAUGGCGCUUGCUACUUUCUGCCCUUCCUUGAACCGUCCACUUGGGCAUUUGGCGACGAGGCCUACAGCCUCGAUGCCGAGAACGCGCGGGAACUUGACGUCCGGCGAAUGGCCUUGACGAGUAAACAUCUCGGAUCGAUUGAGUCCGAAAGCCUUGACGCGAAUGAGAACUUCAUCGUCCUUGGGGGCUGGGAUGGGAAUGGAUUCGAUCUUGAGGAUAUUGGGUGGUCCAGCUUCGUGGACAACAGCUGCUUUCAUAGCGGACAUGAUGUAGAGUAUCUCUUGUACAGUAGGAGGAUUUAAAAGUAUCGAGUGGUAUACUUGGUGUAUAUAUAGAUGAGUACAGUGAAAUGUCAAGUAAUAAACUGUA